CAUUCGUCAUCUCCAUCAUCAUCAUCACGAAAACUUGACUGGCGAAUUGGUCGCACCCCACUCCAUUUCUCGUCCCGCAUUGACAAGUCGUUGCUGAGCUGAUUCGGACGCUGCAAAAGGGCCAACACAAACGAGCGGCCCAGUGGUGGCCCUUAGCUGGAGCUAUAUACGCUGCAGAAACAUAGCAUACAGGCCGCACAUCUCUCUCUCACACACACACAGCCUUGCGCAAAGAUGCAGAUGCUUCGACCUCGCCUGCUACGUUCAUGUCAGGCCUUACCACGUGGAGAAGGCUGCGCACGGUGCAUCCGAGAUCGUUCAACCGCAGCGCCCUCAGCGCCCACAGUCUUGUCCAGGCGCGCAAGUCGCCCUUCGAGGCCGCCUCGCCCGCUGCCUCUGUCUGCUCGACAUGCUUCCACCUCGACUGCGGGACGAAGAUCCACGGCGUCCAACGGCUCUGCAAGGGGCAAGAUCCUGUACUUGCUUGUUGGUGCAGGCAUAGCUUCCGCUGCAGUGUAUAGCAAAACUUCCCAGCCUUUACGCGCACAAAGACGCAACAUCAUCGCACCCGACACGUUCCAAGAGUUCCGAGUGACGCAAAAGAGGAUUGCUAGCAGCACGCUGCUGGAAGAGAAGGGGGAUGGAGAGCAUGUCAUGUUGGAUGUGGAUGUUGAAGUGAGCCUGAAUGAGGAUCAGCAAGGUGGUCAGAGUGGUAAAGAGGCGAUGUGCAUCCACACUCUCCAUCUGGCCUCUCCCGCACUAUCCAUCCAACGACCCUACACUCCUCUCUAUUCGCCCUUUGUCGUAUCGAAUGACGCGCCAGCAUCAAUAAAGACACCCAAGAGUGCUCUGAGGAAGGUACAGUUGAUGAUUAAAAAGUACAACGAUGGAGAAGUGGGAAGGUUUGCUCAUUCUUUGGCGAGCGGAGAUCAGAUCUUGCUCAGAGGAUUCGACAAGAGCUGGCAAGGCGAUGGAACGGAGACGGAACUGAUCCUCAUUGCAGGAGGGACAGGCAUCACGCCAAUGCACCAACUCAUCAGCUCCCUUUUCGGCUCCAAUGCAAGCUCAAACUCAGCAGCGACCGCGACCACCACGAAGCCGAAGAUCACGCUGCUAUACAGCGCGCACCAAAUCUCUGCCCUCUGCCUCCUACCCGAACUAGAAGAUCUGCGUCAACGAGCAGGCGCAGAGAGGCUACACAUCGAAUUGUUCGUGGAUCAGCACUCGCACUCGCAUAGUCUGUACGAGAGGGUAUUUGGACGUCGGACGAAGGAGGUGCGUGGGAUGAAGCUGAACGGGAACAGGGUGGGGUUGAAGGAUCUCGAGAGGAUCGCAAAGCAAAAGGAUGCGCACACGCAUUGCAAGGUGUUGAUAGCGGGACCGGACGGCAUGGUGGAAGCUAUAGCGGGACCUAAAGCGAGGGAUGGCAAGUCUCAGGGAGAGUUGGGAGGUCAUUUGAGCCAUCUCGGAUGGAAAAAAGAACAAGUGUGGAAAUUGUGAUGCAAUCUCAUUGC